AACGAAGAGGAAAGAGAGAGAGAAAAGAAGCGAGGGAAGAGAGAGAAGAGAGAGACUAAGCAGAGCUGUACUCCACAUGGCCUCGUUGCCGCUGGGGCCUCAUCCACCACCACCACCACCACCACCACCACCAGAGAAUGAGGCAGUGAAGAUUGCGCCUCGUCGGUCAGAGAUGGGAGAUGAUAAGGAAAUGUCAACUCCUGUCAUUGAGGGGAAUGAUCCAGUCACUGGUCACAUCAUUUCUACCACCAUUGGAGGCAAAAAUGGAGAAGCCAAGCGGACCAUCAGUUACAUGGCAGAACGAGUUGUGGGUACUGGGUCAUUUGGAAUUGUUUUUCAGGCAAAAUGCUUAGAGACUGGAGAAACUGUGGCAAUUAAGAAGGUUCUCCAGGAUAGGCGGUAUAAAAAUCGCGAGCUGCAGUUAAUGCGCUCAAUGGAUCAUCCAAAUGUGAUUUCUCUGAAGCACUGUUUCUUUUCCACCACUAGUAAGAAUGAGCUUUUUCUCAAUUUGGUCAUGGAAUAUGUCCCGGAGACCCUCUACCGGGUUCUGAAGCACUAUAGCAAUGUUGGUCAGAGGAUGCCAUUGAUCUAUGUGAAGCUCUAUACAUACCAAAUAUUUAGGGGGCUGGCAUAUAUUCACACUGUUCCUGGAGUUUGCCACAGGGAUGUAAAGCCUCAGAAUCUUUUGGUUGAUCCUCUUACUCACCAGGUCAAGCUUUGUGACUUUGGAAGCGCAAAGAUUUUGGUCAAGGGUGAAGCAAACAUAUCGUACAUAUGCUCUCGUUACUACAGGGCUCCAGAACUCAUAUUUGAUGCAACUGAAUACACAACAUCCAUUGAUAUCUGGUCAGCUGGCUGUGUUCUUGCUGAGCUGCUUCUUGGCCAGCCAUUAUUUCCUGGAGAAAGUGCAGUUGACCAGCUUGUUGAGAUCAUCAAGGUUCUUGGUACUCCAACACGAGAAGAAAUUCGCUGCAUGAACCCAAACUACACUGAGUUUAGGUUUCCACAGAUAAAAGCUCACCCUUGGCACAAGGUCUUCCACAAACGAAUGCCUCCAGAAGCGAUAGAUCUUGCUUCAAGGCUUCUUCAAUAUUCACCAAGUCUCCGAUGUACUGCGCUAGAAGCAUGCGCACAUUCUUUCUUCGAUGAGCUUCGGGAAGCCAAUGCCCGUCUUCCUAAUGGUCGUCCUUUACCCCCUCUCUUCAACUUCAAACAGGAAUUAUCUGGGGCUUCACCAGAGCUCAUCAAUAAACUGAUACCUGAGCAUGUGAGGAGGCAAUUUGGUAUGAAUUUCAUGCACCUUGCGGGCACGUAAGCCAAAAGAGCCCCUUGGGAUUGAUUUCUGCUGCUUAAUGGAUGUGAAACAGAGGGUUCCCUCUGUAUGGUUAAAUCAUCAUAUAUUCAGGUCAGAAAGGCUGCUGCAUUGUCUAGCUCGGCAAAGAUAAUAUAAUUACAUGGGUGAUGGGAGAGCUCUGCUUCAUUCCUCUCUGUUUAUCUUUUUUUUUUUUUGUCGUAUAUCAAUCUUUUUCUUUUCUGGUUCUUUCUUUGUAUAUUCAUCUGAUUAUUAAGAUAGUUACAGUUAGACUGAUCAGAAAGCUGGAAGUAGAAAUAUGGUGCGAACAGCGAAUCAUGUGUAGCUAGGGAGGGAUGCGGAAGAAAAUGUCAGGAACAGGGUGGGGUUGUUGUAAGGGUUGGUCGAGUAUUCUACAUAUACUUGUGGCGGCUUGUGGUUGUGGACUUCAAAUCGCAAGACAAGGCUAUUGUUCUUUGUUUUUUUUUUUUUUUAAAUCUUUUGUGCUUUCUGUAAUCUGUAUGCAUCUGUUGAUGUUCAUACAGUAGUAGUAGGGCUAUACAGUCCCAUGUCAAUUGUGGUUUUGAUGCUAUUUUGAUUAUGUACAUGUUCUCGAGGCCUUGUUUUCGGAAUGUUA